AUGCCGAUCAGACUCCCACCAAACAUACCUCGAAGCUUCUCUUCUUCAGCCCGACUUCGGUCCUUUCCUUCACCAAAGACCCGGCCUUACACAACAAGGCGCGGCAUUGAGCAUUGCAAGCCCCUUUUGUUUUCACCCUCCAUUCCCAGACAUACAAUAGACGGCGCCUGCUAUACGACAUCAGCCAUGAAUGCCAGCAAAACCCACACAAAUGGAGUGUCAACUUCAAAGCCUGUGCUGUUCUUUGACAUUGAUAACUGCCUCUACCCGAGGAGUUCAAAAGUCCAGGACCACAUGGCACAGCUAAUUGACGAGUACUUCGUAAAGCACCUUUCCCUCCAGUGGGACGAUGCCGUGAAAUUGCACAAGGAGUAUUACACCAACUACGGCCUUGCGAUUGAAGGCCUGGUUCGCCACCAUGAGAUCGACCCUCUAGAAUACAACGCCCAGGUCGACGACGCCCUACCUCUUGAGGAUAUCCUCAGUCCGAACCCUGAGCUGCGCGAACUGCUCGAAGAUGUCGAUAAGAGCAAGUGUACCAUGUGGCUCCUCACCAACGCCUACGUAAACCACGCUAAGCGCGUGACCAAGCUGCUGGGUAUUGACGAUCUCUUUGAUGGCCUCACUUUCUGCGACUAUGGACAGGCACCGCUUGUCUGCAAGCCUGCCAAGGAGAUGUACUUGAGGGCUAUGCGUGAGGCGGGCGUCGAGAAGAUGGAGGAUUGCUACUUUGUUGACGACUCUUACCUGAACUGCCAAAAGGCCCAGGGCUAUGGGUGGAACGUAGCCCAUCUCGUCGAGGAGGAUCUCCCUGUGCCGAAGACGCCUGCAUCCGCUCAUCAGAUCCGUCACCUCAGGGAGCUGCGAGACACCUUUCCUCAAUUCUUCAAGUCCAAGAACGCUUAG